AUCUUCGUCCAUCACCACAACCAACUUGACCAAUCCCCUGACGCAUCCCGUUCCACACUCUCUAAGUCAUGUCGGUCCCCGUAGCAGCCCUCACUGGCGGUGCAGGCGGAUCUGAGCUCGACGCCCCCGGCACCACACCGCCUCCUCAGAGUGUUACUGCUCCUCUAGACGAUACCGCCGGCGGUGGAGGGGGCGUUGCAGGUGAUCGAGGCCGGCCCUCAGGCGGCUCAGCUCCGAUCCCUUUCCCUGGAGAAGAAGCUGUAGAGGACGAGCUAGUGGGAAGCGGUAGCGAGGCACUCAUUGAGGAUGGAGAGAAUGAUGCAGCCGAGGGAAGUGCAUCCAUGUCUCUUUCGAGGGGAGGAGGAGCUGCUACUACUAGGGGUGGAAGUGGAAGGGGACGGGGUAGGGGGAGGGGAGGUGGAAGGGGAGGGAACAACGUCGCUCAAGCAAAGGCUGCAAGAGCUGUCACAGCGGGGAAGAAGGCGGCUAAUCUGCCAGGUACCAGUCAACUGCCCACGGCUAGGGUCAAGAAGAUCAUCAUGACCGAUCCUGAUGUAGCUGGCUGUGGAAAGGAGGCUACCUUCGUCAUCGGGAAAGCAUGCGAGCUCUACAUCCACCACCUGGUUGAUGAAGCAUACACACAGGCAAGGCUUAGCCAACGCAAGGCUGUGUACUACAAAGACAUAGCCCAAGCGGUCAAGACAAAUACGCAUCUCGACUUCUUGUGCGAUGUCAUGCCUCAGACAAUACCGCUCUCGGUAGCCCUGGCUGAGCGUCAACGCCAUUCGGAAUACGAAGCUGCUCUCGACACAGGAUCCUUGGUAGCUUCUCAAGGUCCCGUAGGCAACAAUGGCAACGUUGCCGAAAACGCGUCGCUCGCAGGUGCAGAGGCGGAGGAUUCAAUUGCUGGCACAGGAUUUGACAGCGAUGCCGAGAGGGUCAGGACACAUUCGCAGCUGACUGCAGGCGGCAAAAAGGUGAACAAGAAGAGUCGCAACAUUCGGGCCAACAAGCAUGCUGCAAAGGGCGGCACUCUCGGGGCAGCAGAGGAAUUGGCAGGGUCCAGCGACGUGGAGGAAGCAGACGUUGUGCGCGGAGUAGAGGAAGAAGAUGAGGAGGAUGCUGAGCGAGAUCUGCUGAGGGCAGCAGCAGACGAUGCAGACUCGAACGACGAGGGCAAUGAGCACUCCACGGCCAUGGAAUUGGACCGGUGAGCCCAUGACAAUGACACACUCUAUUCUUGGCACA